AUGUCUGAACAGAAUGUCGGGUCGGUCCCUGCAUCAGCAGCUUCAUCGGGCACCAAUGUGGCCGAAGAACAACGGUCACCGAGCACUGCGGCCGGCUCGGGAAGUGUAUCUGAGGAGAAGGUGUACGGCGGGUGUGAGGGUCCAGACGCUAUGUACGUUAAACUGGUCUCUUCUGACGGCCACGAGUUCAUAGUGAAGAGAGAACACGCGCUUACCUCAGGAACCAUCAAGGCAAUGCUGAGUGGUCCGGGGCAGUUCGCUGAGAACGAGGCCAAUGAGGUCAACUUUAGAGAAAUACCGUCACACGUGCUACAGAAGGUGUGUAUGUAUUUCACAUACAAGGUGCGCUACACAAAUUCUUCUACUGAAAUACCGGAAUUCCCCAUCGCACCGGAAAUAGCCCUCGAACUGCUCAUGGCCGCCAACUUCCUGGACUGUUAA